AAGAAAGGAAGGCCAAGGAGCUCUGAAAACCUCACCUUCCAUAGCCAACUCGAGCUCAAGCUCAAACAACAAAAAAGAAAGAGGUUUGGAGAAGAAGAAAGAUAGGAAAAGUGUGAAGAAUCAAGGAGCUUGACUAAAGUGUUCCUAACUUUCGCCGGAGUUUCGCCGGAGUCUCGUCGGAGUUUCGCCGGAGUUCACCGGAGUAUUGCCGGAGUUCAACCUAGAAGGGUAGAGCUUCUUCAAGCAAAUUCGAGGUGGUUGUUAACCCUUACGAAAAGGUUAAUCCAAAAUUAAAACCCUUAGUAACCGAAAAGCCAGGGCAAGAUAUACAACUCAUCCUUAGCUUCUUCCACUUUUCCUGAAGAAAGUCGAAGAGGACGACGUUGCAUUGCUGCUCUUCAUUAACUCUCGCCCCCAAACACUCGACGGCGCUGCAUUGCUGCUCUUCGUUUACUCUAGAUGCGCCGCCGCUGCUCUUCAUUCCACACUCUACACCGCACCGCUGCUUUUCAUUAACAACCGUUGCCCCUGCUCUUCUUUAGCACCAGACGACGCACCGCUACUCUUCGUUAACACUCGACGGCUCAGCGCUACUCCUUGCUAUCAGUCGACGACCUACCAAUUCCUGAGGCUGAUUCUGCUAUGCAUUAACCAACUUUCACAUAGGUACUAUUUUCCGAGAGCCUAUCCUUUGUAAAAACAUUUCCAGACUUGUUCCUGGUUGGAACAAGCUCAUUUGUAUUGGCAGGCAUGCCUUUGGUGAUCAAUACGGUGCCACUGAUACCGUCAUUUAAGGAGCAGGAAAGCUCAAAAUGGUUUUUUUUCCAGAAAAUGGGGAAGUCCCGAUUGAGCUCAAUGUCUAUGAUUUCAAAGGCCCUGGGGUUGCCCUUGCUAUGUACAAUGUUGAUCAGUCAAUUCGUGCAUUUUCGGAAUCAUCAAUGUCAAUGGCGUUUUCAAAGAAAUGGUCCCUUUACUUGAGCACAAAAAAUACAAUUCUAAAGAAGUAUGAUGGAAGGCAACCAAUGAUUUCUUAUUUUUACCUUACAAUCUUGGGCAUCUUUGAAGAGGUAUAUCAGGAGAAAUGGAAGGCAAAGUUCGAGGAACAUCACAUGCUACAAUAUAAAAUAAUAUUCUCAGUAGUAUCAUGUAUUGAUGUUCUGAAUGAUAUGGCUGCUGGCAUUAGGUAUGAGCAUUGGUUGAUAGAUGACAUGGUAGCAUAUGCAGUAAAAGGUGACGGUGGCUAUGUAUGGGCCUACAAAAAUUAUGAGGGAGAUGUGCAAAGUGAUUUACUUGCACAAGGUUUUGGUUCUCUGGGUCUUAUGACUUCUGUUUUGUUAUCCUCUGAUGGCAAGACUUUAGAAUCUGAAGUGGCUCAUGGAACUGUGACUAGUCACUUUAGACUGCAUCAGAAGGGACAAGAAACCAGAUUUGCAGGAAACAACAAAAAACAGAAGUCGUACAUUUACAAUUGUUCCCACAACUUUCUUGAACUUAAAUGCUCGUAUGUUUGCGAGAGAUAAGAUCAUAAUCCUCGAUCUCAAGGCCCAAAAUCCAGAUUUUUAAGUUCAAGAAAUCCAUAUUUUUAUGUGUGUAUUGUUUUUAUAUUUGUAUAGCUAUAAUAUUGACUUAAUGCGUUUUUCAUUUGUAGUGUCGAAUGCAAAGUCGAAGUUAUGAAUGUGGUUACUAUGUUAUGAAACAUAUGAGUUCUAUUAUCUCUACUAAUGUUUUUUAUUCAUGGAUAGAGGUAUUCAAUGUUCAAGAUCCAUUUAAAGAAGAAGAUAUCAAUGAGAUUCGAGAAGAUUGGGCA